AUGCCACCCAAGGGGCCUUCCAAGCCAAGCAAACAGCCCGCGAAGGGCAAUGAGAGAGGACAAGAUCCUCCCACUUCGAAACUGGAAUUCGGCUACCCCGUCGCCCUGAACACAGCACUACAAGAAAUCAGUGCGCGUGCUGCUCAGGACAUCUGGAGAGGUCCAGUUUUGGGAGAUGGCGAAGCGUCUGCCGAGCAAUUGGCACAGGGUCACGCCAACGCGGUGACAAAGCUCGGCAAACGCAUGGAAGGAGACGUUCGGGCGAAGAUCGCACUUCGCGAGGCGUUAUCUACGUGGACUAUGUCGCUGAGCAGCCACCUCGACCAAUUAGUCCAAAGAGUUCGGGCGAUUGGCGCCAAACUCGCCGAAGAUGCUAUCCUACAGUUGGCGGGUGGGCUCCGGGCCUUCGGCAACGCGCCUGCAGCUCCAGCCAUGCCUGCACCAGCCCCGCUACUGACCACGAGCUUUACGUUGGCAGAGCCCUUGCUGGGAUCAGGGGACUUGCUGCCCAUCCAAGAGUCCACGGCGAGACGUCCCUACGGACGGCCCUUGGCCACGCGAAGCUACCGGCCGUACUCCAGAUGGUGUACGGACGAGGAGCUCAUCCCGGCUGCGGCAGAACCGACCAGUUCCGAUCUUUGGACACAGGCUUGGCUUCAUCUUGUCAAGUUUUCUGUCGAGCAAGGGGAGGAUCUGAUUGGGGAAUUGGCAGUCAACCCGGAGCAGGAAGCACUCCGACCACCGGUGCCUGACCGUCCGACCAGUUUGUCCAUUGCACGUGAAGGGACUGACCUAUUUACAGUGAGUCUUCCUCUCUGUCAGUCGUCGGAGGUUGCAUUCCAUCAGCAAAGCGGGGCAACUGCGGUUGUUAUCCACCCGGCCGGCCUUGUCUACACCCAGGCUCCUGCCUUUGCUGACCAAAUGGCCAUCAGGUCCUCAGUCAUGGGUGACUUCCUGCAGGAAGGCCGCGAUCAAGGGCUGGAUUUUAGCCAUUUUGCACGGGUGCUGCCGCCGUUGGAGCAACUUCCUGCGGUCCAGUUUGUUGCACUUGACUGCCCAGCUGGUCAGAUACCGGGGCUAUUGGACUUGCGGCCCCUUGGGGGUAGUCUGCAUGUCUUGCCCAUUGAGGCCGGCACCUCACCGCUGCGAAGGUUGCAGUUUGCUGUUGAGGUGUACGGUGAGCCAUUAGCCGGACUUACAAUUGCCAGCGCUGGUGCGCAGGGACGACUUACUAUCUUGCACCGUGAGGAGCAGGUAAACCCGGCUUUGCCACUUUAUGGUGCCGUCCCAGUCCCGCUGGUUGUUCUUCUCCGUCCGGACCAUCCUGUCGUUGGGUCUGUGCCUACGGCCUCCUCUGAAGAGCUAAGCGAGUCGGGAGCCUCGUCGGUCAGCAUGCCUACCAGGCUAGGAGUGCUCCUUUCUGUUCUUUGGCUCCGACCGGCGUGGUGGAUUUUGCUUGUGUUGCCUCAGGCCUUCGCUGUGCUCGAUUUUCUCGGGCCGGAGCCUCUGCCUUCCUUGGCAUCUAUUUCUGUCACCAGGGCUGUGGACCCGCAAUUUCGUGACCUCCCGCCGAUCGCUACUGCUUCCCCUUUUGCACACGCUCGUCUUGCACGUCGUAUCCAGUCUGGCAGUGACUGGGUGUGCGCCGAUUGGGAGUGCCCUCUUGACAGAUCUGCUGCCCCGUCUGCGCUUUUCUUGGCGAAGGUGUUUACACCUGGUGGAGCGUUCCACUUUUCUGUCAGCGGUGAUCAGUCGUCUAAGGAACUACAAAAUGCAUUGUUCCGGUCUGCGAUCCCGGACGCUCGGACUUUCCCGGUACUUGUCCAACCGCAGUUUUUCGAUCAUAGCAUUCAAUUUGUUGCGCCGGCUCGGGAACCUCACCUGGUCACAGUGUUAGUCGACAGCGGUACAAGUUGGGACUGUCUCGAUGUCCCGCGCCACAAUGCUGGGGAGGCCAUCUUGCACGCGCUGCAGCUCCUGCAUCCUGGGAGCACUUUUCGGCUCGACCUCGGACCAGCGCACCCUUUACGGCACGGUGAUGUCAUCUCUGCCAAGCUUGAUCAGCGGCACCGGCCGGUUGAGAUUGGUCAGUUUUCUUUGUCCCCUGCGGCCUUGCCUGGCCAGACGUGGUUAGAAGAACUCGUGACUGUCGCGGUGCUUGGCAUGCCCUUUGGACUCUGCCACUUUCAAGUACCCCGUAAUUUUGCACAUACGCCACUUGAGGAAGCUGUUGGGGCUUGGCAUAAUUUUGACAGUGGCGAUAUUGUUGAGCUACUCCGGCUGCCACUACGUCAGUAUGCCUUGGACUUGUUUUGUCUCCUGCCCAGUGGUUCUGCUGUCCUUGCGGUUGUUCUUACGGACCUCUCUAGCUGCUCUGACAGGCCCAUUGUUGGAGUCGUGGAAGGCACUGAUGGCACGCUACCAGAGCUACUGCGAUUAGCUCGUCAAGGUACGCCUCAUGACGGGUUUUGGGCUGAUGUUCUUUCCCGUGGUCGUGCCAUCAUGCAUCAGGUCCAUACCCCGGCCCAUCAUACUCGAUCCGGUACGGUGUGCAGAUUUGUCCAUCUUGGACUUGAUUUCUGUCGGGCUAUCGAUCAUGGCUGGAGUGUGUCGCAGGUGGAAGAAGCCCGGGUUAGGAGUGACCUGCCGCAUACCAUGCAGCCCUCCUCUGUACAUGUGGGCAGUGCGUGUUGGGCAUUGGGCGUAUGCGGCAUGCGGCAUGCACUGCUGGGGUUCAAUGGGCCGAUGUCAUGCGUGUUGGUGGCUUAUCCACUUGGGACCUUCCGGGUGUUGAGAUUCAUGGCGACCACCAAACUUGGAAGUGGCCGGCUGACAUUGCCUCGUUGGCCGGACAGUGUGGACAUCUCUUCCAUGAGGGCCGCGACCCGGUGUUAUGUGAAGCUCACUACCGUGCAGUUGCUGGAUUGCCGACCUCUGGUCACCGUCCGGAAGCCCCUCGGUCUGGCAUUUCUAACCAGACUGCCUCGCGGUAUGCUACUACUUGGAGUUCCGAUCCCGCUGUCGGCGCCGCCUCGGCCGCUGCUCUUCUGUUUACGGGGCGGCUUCGCACUUGGAUCUUAG